CAGCCAAAAUAUCCUCUAGUAAUGUAAAACUUAUAAAAACUUUUGAUUGAUUUGCAACCAUUCUAAUAAUAUCCCAUAUAUUCUUAGAACCAUCAUAUAAUGUUUCAAGAAGUACGUCAUUUAACAAUUCACAAAGCGUUAAAUCUUCAAAAAGCACAUUUCUUGUUAUAAACGUUACGGGUACACUUAAUCUCUUUCGAUAUGUUGUACGCACAGUUAUAUCAACCAUUGCCACAUCAUAAGUAUUAAUACCGUACACUUUACGACGCACUUUACCCGUCAAUGUAUAUUUUAUACUCGUAAAAUACAAAUCAUUGCAAUACCAAGAUAAACUUGAUCCCAACACCAUUCUAUUCGGUACUAAUGUUCUAUGCAAUAACUUUGUUAAUGCAGACUCGUAUUGCAAACCCUCCAGUGCACGUAUAAAUUUCAAUAUUGUCGAACAUAUAACAAAAUCAGCAUUACCUUCCAUCGUUGUUCCUAGCUGACGAGCAAUUUCCACAACCACGUCCAAACAUUCAUCGGUGCAUUUCAACCAAUAUUGCACAAAUAACAGAAACAAUAAUACAAGCAAGAAAGAUAACAAAAAUUCUCUAGGCUCCUGUGUAAUUUUUCGUAACGCAUGACGGGUCAAAAGUCGUAAUCUUGUCAAUAAUUCUUUCAUAACUAAAAUAAACAUGUAAAUCAUUAUUAUAACAAAUAUAUUCCCAAAGGGUAAUCCCUUAGCGUCCCUACACAAGCAUAAAAAUAAAUCUACAUGUCCAUAAAAGGUAAUCGACUUCAUUUCACCACACACAUCGAAUAAACAGACACUUAAAUUUUCGGUCAAUUUAUUCACCAAAAUGGGUUCGACACAGCAACAACAAGACCUACAGCUGUUCUUAAAUUAUCAAGGAAUUCAAGACAACGAUCCAAAUCGAUUUUUUCACAUUCAACAAUUCACAGACUUUCAGUUCUUCAGACUAAACAACCCAAAUUAUACAUCAUUCGAUAAAGCAUACAUCAAGUGGUUACAAGUACCUAAAAUGAAUCUAAUGCAGCCAAAUUUUCCCGAUAUUAACCACUUCGCCAGUUAUCCACCAACAAACUACUAUCCCAAUGAUCUACUCAAUAUUAUAAACCCAACGGCGAACGAAGAAUAUUUACUCAACGAUUCAUCGACGACGACAACUAAAAUUCUAGAAACAGGAAAUACGGCAACUAUCGACAAGCAACCAAUACAACCCACACCACCAUUACCCACACCUAACCCACUUGCAUCACCCACGUCAUCACAAUCACCACCAUCACCUGAAAAACCCGCCCCUAUCGGCGUACGAUUUGGAAAAGACAUAGCAAAUCUCAAGGAAAGUCUACAGGGUCAAAAACGCAUAGCUGGAAAACGCCCUCCGGGUAGACCCAAUAAACACAUACACCUAACACGAAUUGCCGAUGACAAUUCCGAUGAAGAACGUAUAACAUCGCAAGAUAUCGUUCUACUAUGCCUAGAUGGUACUGAAAAAAACGAAAAUCGAUACUAAGCACAUGCAACGAAACCCUAGAGACGUAUUAUAUAAAACAUUACAACAUGUAUCUGUACAUUGCCGAACAACGAGAAAAAGCUUUAGAAACAAUAAAAAACAAAAAAGAAGAGCUAGAAAAGCUAUAUCAUCUCGAAAAACUUUCAACCGAAGCACUAAGAGAACGUAAAAACAAAAAAAUAGAAAAAAGAAUCUUGUAAAUAUAUUAUAUGCUAUAUUAAUAAACGAUACAAAAAACCAAUAAUUUCCAUAAUUUUAUACCCGCAAACACCCGACAAGCCCGAAACCACGCCGAUAAAAGCCCGCGAACGUUCGAAUUCCCUUCAGUUCGGUCAACCAAGGCUUAGGGAGAACAUCUCGCCCCAUUCCCCCACUUGCAAAAACCGUUCUCGUCAGAACGCCCACACCCCCACCCGCAUAUAUGAAUAAAUUAAACACAACAUUCCAGCAAACCACGUGACCUCCCAAACACCCCCGUCCGUAGAGCCAUGACCACGCCCAACCACGCCCUUUUUGGCACCGCCGCGUAAUACUAUUCCCAGUUAUCAAAAACAGGUUCCCACACCCCCUCUUCUUUUUAUAUGAUAUUAUAUAUACACUACUACAGUUCAUCUUUCAAGUAAAUCAUCAACGGUGGCCACAAUACCCCCGUAUAAUGUUCCUGGUUUAAUAGCAUCAUCUAGUGUGGGCAUCAUACACUCGUCAGCAGUUCCCCUUUUAAAGAAAUCGCGAACUUUGCCCACAGUUCCUUCUUCAAUGACGUCAACCAGUUUGGCAACAAUACCUUCGUCUGCAGUUCUGCCUUCAAUGACGUCAUCCAGUGUUGCCGCAAUACCCUCCUCUGGAGUUUAUCUCUCAAUAACGUCAUCCAUAAUACCGUCGUCUGCGGUACCUCAUUCAAUGACCUCAUUCAGUUUUGUCAGAAUACCCUCGAUUGGAUUUCAUCGUUCAAUAACGUCGUUUACUGUGUCCAUAGUACCUUCGUCCAUACUUUAUCUUUCAACGACGUUCUCCAGUGUGGUCACAUAACCCUCGUCCGCAGUAACUCAUUCAAAGAAAUCAACUGUGGCAAAAAUACCCUCGUCUGCAGUUCCUUCUACAAAGAAAUCAUCAACUGUGGCCACAAUACCCUGGUCUACAUUUCCAUUCUCAAAGAAAUCAACAACUGUGGCUACAAUACCCUCGUCUGCAGUUCAUCUUUCAAAGAAAUCAUCAACUGAUGCCAUAAUACCUUCGUCUGCAGUUCAUCUUUCAACAAAAUCAACAACUGUGGCCACAAUACACUCGUAUAAAGUUUCUGGUUCAAUAACAUCAUCUAUUGGGGCAUCAUGCACUCGUCAGCAAUUCCCCUUUCAAAGAAAUCGCGAACUGUGAUCUGAAAUCGCGAACUGCUGCCAAAAUGGCGUAUUCAUGGGAUAAACGCGGUGUGAGGGGACACUGGUGUUCGUAUAGGGAUCAUAGCGACCAAAACAUGCGGCGUAAACUGUGAUUAUAAUAGUAUAUUCCGAGAUGCGGCAAUGCCAAUGAUGCUCAAUGCGAUGAAGCUUUGAGUAAAAAAUUUAAUAAUUUUAGUUAAGUGAUAUUCUUGCUGAGGAUAGUGUAUGUAUAAUAGUUAAUAAAAGUAUAGACUCAUAGAGUAACGAAUCCUAUACGCGUAAUUGGCAAGUAAUUAAGGAAGGAGUUAUUUAGCUGGCCUCAGAGUGACACAAGGUAACAAAGGAACGGUUUUACUAAUACUAACCCUAUUCCAAAUACUCUAACCCUAACCUAACCCUACUCCAAGUUUGUUUCUAAACCAAUCAUGAAGAAAAAAGUUUUGACGAAAUGUCAUUCUGAGGUCAGCGAACUAACCUUUCCCUUCGAGUAAGGAAGCAAAAAACUUUAAAAUCUUAUGUUUUGUCAUUCGUGUUGAAGAUUACCACAAACCGACACAAACACAGUUUUUAUACAGCAUUCCCUCGACAAUCUGACAUCAUAUAUCAAUAGGAACAAAACCAAUUAGACUUUCUCACGCCGCCAAUUUUGGGUGGCAUUUCGAUCAGCCGAAGUCUGCGAGAAAAGUCCACAUAACAGCGACUUUUUAUAAUUUUUUGGACGAAUGAUGAUAAAUUUGCUUUGUAAAUGGUUAGUUUAUUUUGAAAAAUUGCUUUUCACGUCGUUUUAAUUGCCCGCAUUGGUUAACGAGAAUUGGAUGCCACCCAAAAAUGGUGGAUAUUCGUCAUCGUGAGAAGGUCUGAGAAAGGCUAAUUCAUUGAUGUUUGCGAUUGCAUCAUGGCAAACGUUGUUUCAAAACUGGGCGGAUGAAGUUGUAAAAAGUUAUAACGUGAAUUACAAAAUCUUGAGUAUUUAAAUGCAAGAAAUUCAUUGAUAAACAUUCUUCUCGGAAAACACAGAAUAAAUGCUCUUCCG